AUGGCCACUACGUUCUUGCCACCGUUGCCACUCCUCGCACUCUCCAGUGGGUUGUCUACGGCGAUGCUGAGGCGAUUUCGUCGACGCAAAGCGAGAACGGUGUUCACCGAUCGGCAGUUGUCGGGGCUGGAACUGCGGUUCCAGCGGCAGCGCUACCUCUCCACCCCCGAACGGAUCGAACUCGCCUCCGUGCUGGGUCUCACGGAAACCCAGGUCAAAACUUGGUUCCAGAAUCGUCGAAUGAAGCAUAAAAAAGUUCAUAGAAGCCGAUCUUUCAACUGUCAUGUCUCCCAUGGAGGCCUUGGGAGCAGCCCCCAACACCCCACCGACGAUCAAACCCACCUCUUCAGUUGCGAUGGUGCUUCACGUGGUAUCAAUGAUCCCCCCACACCUGACUCCCACCCUUCUAUCGGUCAAAGAGCAGCUGGUUCGGUCCCCUACAACAACGCUCAAGCAUCUACGUUCCUCAUGCUUCCUGAUGCACUGUAA